AUGGACUCUGUCCUCGAAGUUGGAUACAACCUGCUCGAUAGGGGGUUGGUCCCAGAUUUCAUUCUUCGUAUAGCGAUACGUCUUCUUCUACGCCAACGUCUGCGCGAGAUCAACGCUGGUUCACUGGAAGCAAACCAUGCAGCCAAGAUGAAGUUCAUCGAAGACGUGCGCAACCGCACCACCAUCGCCGAAGUGCCCGAGAAAGCCAACGAACAGCAUUAUGAAGUUGCCACGGAUUUCAUCCUAUCUACUCUUGGUCCGUAUGGGAAAUACUCGUCGUGCUUGUAUCCUACUGGACGAGAAUCACUGGCCGAAGCCGAGAAGCUUAUGCUGGAGAGUUAUUGUACCAAAGCCCAAUUGCGGGACGGACUAGACAUCUUGGAUUUAGGCUGCGGUUGGGGAAGCCUAUCAUUAUUUCUGGCAGAGAAAUACCCUAAUUCACGUAUCACGGGCCUGUCAAACUCGGCGACCCAGAAACAGCAUAUCGAUUUUGCUGCUAAGGAACGGGGUUUGACCAACAUCACGAUCAUCACAGCAGAUGUCAAUACACACGAUUUUGAUAGCUCGAUACGAUUUGAUAGAAUUUUGAGCAUCGAGAUGCUUGAGCAUAUGAAGAAUUACCAGGUUCUUUUCAAGAAAAUCUCUACAUGGCUACGUCCUACAUCCCAGAAAGGCGAUUCUUCUGACGAAUCACUUUUUUUCGUUCAUAUCUUCUGCCAUAAAACAACACCAUAUCAUUUUGUAGAAGAUGAUGGCUGGAUGGCGAAGAACUUCUUCUCAGGUGGAACUAUGCCAUCGCAUGACCUAUUUUUAUACUUCCAGUCGGACUUGACUUUAAUUCGAAGCUGGUACCUACCUGGAACACAUUACUCGCGUACACUUGAACAUUGGCUUCAGCUUCAGGACAGAAACGGAAAGGAGGGGCUCAAAGGACUCCAGAAAGAUGCCGCGGCAAAAGGCCACGAUCCUAUUGAAGGGAAGAAGACAUUUCACAGAUUUCGUGUCUUUUAUAUGGCAUGUUCUGAGUUGUUCAAUAUGGAUGGAGGGGAACAGUGGGGUCUUGGACAUUACUUAUUCAAAGCAAAAUAG